AUGUUGAUCGAUCAAAGACUGAAAUGCGUACAGAAAUUCCGCCGGGGUCGCUUCAAAUCCGAGUCUUCGGUCUCAGGCUCACUCGAUGGCGACCAUGCAUCCCCAAAUCCCCGCCAUGCGUCGACCUCGUCAUCUUCAUUUAGUGACACAAGAAUCGCACCAAACAAGGAACAGUCAUUUGGCCAGGCUCAAGGAUCUCUUGAUCUUACAACACGUCCCAGGUUGCUGCCACAGUUCCGGAGCUUUUUCUCGUCAUCAACAUUUGGAGCACGGUCUGCCACAGGUGUUGAACCCAGCCGCAGCGGUGUUACAGAAGACCCGUUGGGCCUACAAAUUGUGCACCCAGUCGAUGAGCCUGCCGGGGACAUAGUGUUUGUUCAUGGACUGGGUGGCACCGCAUGGAGGACAUGGUCGUGGAACCGUGAUACGGCGCUCUUUUGGCCCGACUGGCUGCCUGAAGGGGAACCUGCGAUGGCUAGGUUUCGCAUCUCUACUUUCGGCUACAACGCCAGCUUUCGAGGAGCCGCCACUAACCUGACCAUUCUCGACUUCGCCAAAGAUCUCCUGAUGCAGUUGCUGGCGGCCACAGACGACGAUAAAGACUCCCAAAAACCGAUAAUAUUUGUGGUGCACUCAAUGGGCGGCCUGGUGGUAAAGAAGGCUUAUUCCCUGGGUAGACACGACGACCGGUACGCAGACCUCGUGGCAAGGGUCAGGGGAAUCCUUUUCCUGGCUACACCACACCGAGGAUCACAGUACGCCAAGACACUCAACAGCAUCCUUGCGGCAACGCCGACAGGGACCACAAGGGCGGCCGUCCAGGAGGUCGUGCCAGUCGAUCCACCGACGCAGGCUUUUGUUAGAGAUGAAAUGCUCAAGAAAGCCCAUGGGUCUUUUCUCUGGGCACGCCUGGCGCUCGAACUCAUCCAAGACAGCUGGCAUAUAAAGAAUGAUCUCCUAGCUGCCCUGACAAAGGUCCCACGGGGCAUGGCUGCAAUGUACAAACGCAUGCUCGAAAACAUCGAAAGGCAGAACCCAAGGAAUAACAGACUGGCGAGGAGAGUGCUGGAGUGGGUGACAUGUAGCGUGCGCCCGCUCUUUGUUGACGAGAUGGCGGCGGCGUUGAGUCUCGAGUUUGGCGAGUUUCUGAACCUGGCCGUGUCCAUGACGCAGAUCUGUGGCCACUUUAUCACCGUCGACCAAACAAAAACGCAACCCGGAAAGCAGCGCAUCUCUUUGAUACACACAACAGCCCGGGAGUUCUUACUCGAUGAAAAGGGUGAGGACGGCGAAGCUCUUUCUCUCUCGGGUGACAUGACGCAGCUGGUUCAAACAGCAAAGCACCUCAAAAAGUUUGUCAAGAGAUCGACCCGCCGGCCCAGGUCAGAAUCGCGUCAGCUGAUGCGCUCCAUGGGUACAACGCCUCCUCGCAACUCCUGGGCCUGGAUCCAGCCUUGGGCGGUUGACUUCAUCCGAAUCGCCGGCAAGUUCGCUGCUAACCUGGUCGGCAGCCCCUCGGCGGUCUACCGUAAUGUACCGCCUAUGUGUCCACGUGCGUCCAUGGUGGCCAAGGUCUAUGGAGGACAGUGUGCCGGCGGGACUAACUCCUCUUCCUUGCCGGCGGCUCGCCUGGAUCAUGGACGUCUCUCUGUCAGUGGCAUUCGGUCCGAGACAUGGGAUGACUGUCUCGCCAGCGUGCCGGUCGGCAAUGAUGAGUUUGGCAACCAGGUGCUUGCUGCCGAGGGCCUCUUCUUCACACUGGUUAGCAGUGCCGGCGUCGUCACUGCCUGGAAUGUUCAAACGUGCGAAAAAGUCCGCAGGUUCAAGCACACCGGGUAUGUCCCGAUGAUGGCGAUUGGUCGAGGCGGUCAGCAUCUUGCAGUGGCCGGGUUCAGCUGCUUUGUUAUUUGGCAUGUUACCACCGGAGAGAAGCUUCAUGAGAUACCCAAGGCAGUCGAUGCUAUUGUGCGCCAUUUGAGAUUUGGACCAGGGGAAGCGGAGCUCGUAGCCGCCUUUGAUAACUGCACUGUUCAAAUCAUGCAGGUUGACAACGGCGCCUCGGAAAGCUCCAAAAUGGACCUUGCGGGCCUGGAUGUCGGUUACGAGGGGUGCCCCUGGAAGCAGGCCAUCAGCUCCGACCUAACCAAGGUCGCAAUGGCAUGGCGUGGGAGACCACCGAUUGUUUGGGACCGGACUAAGCAAACUAGGGGGCCUCUGAGAUGUCAAAGCAGCGCGUUGUGGAAUCCUCUGGUGUACCAGGAACAACUCCUGUGGCAUCCAGACAGCAGCCGGCUCCUGGUUCUCUGCCAGGACAAUUCGCUCUGGGAGUGGCGCCUGGCGAGCAGCGAUGUUAUCGAGUAUCCCAACGUCGAAGCCAAGGACAUUGCCCUCUCUGAAGAUGGAUCCCUCCUCCUCGGGGUAGACUACAUCGGUGUAACCAGCAUCUGGGCCCUGCCCCAGCUGCACCUCGUGUAUCGGCUAACCUGCGGCCUUGGCGACGACCCAACGAUGAGCGUUGUCUUCAGUCCCGACAAUCAACGCUUCUACGACAUUCGCGGCCCAGUCUGCAACGUCUGGGAGCCGGAUGCGCUGGUUCGAUCUGACGAGGAACCUGAAAACGAGGACGCCACCAGCAGCACAUCAGGCAGCUACGCGGUCACAGAGCCCGUGUUUACAGCUACACCGUCCGCCGAGAACGUGGCCAUCACUGCGCUUGCCAUUGGGCCAGAGGAUAAAUUCUUUGCCUGCGCCCGUGAGGACGGUUCUGUGGUGAUCCACGAUGCCCUCGACGAUGGGAACCGGCUGCGCAAGGUGCACUCACACCCCUUGCAUCACACGGUGGACCUCUUGUCCUGGUCACCCUCUGGAAAAUACAUGAUAUCUGGUGAUGACUUGGGGUACAUUGUCUGCAAGCGCCUGCAGAUCAAGGACGUGAAACCGGCCAUGCCUGAGAAGGAACGCACCCGCAAUGAGCUCCGAGGCUUCACUGGGAGGUGGGCUGUUUUCCCUGUGUUUGACUGUCGUCUCAGGGAGCGUGCAAGGCAGGCGCUGUUCAGCCCCGACGAGAGGCUACUUCUGCUGAGCACAGAUGACGCAGAGCAUGUCUGGGAUUUGAGGGCCAAGCUGGAAGUCAUCCCACCGCUGGCACGGAAGGAGAAUCAAACUAGGGGACACUGGGCGCUGCACCCCACAAACACUGGUCGACUGCUUUGUCUGCAUGGCAAGGUUGUCCGGGAGCACGAGUGGAGCACUGGGCUUGAAGUAACAGCAUUAACGCAACAAGGCCAUGGCGGCGAUUCUCAACCUGAGCCUACGCAAUCAUCUGAUGUCCCUAACGCUCCUUUGGAGCCGCAUGCGUCGUCUCUGCCCAUCUCUGGCCAUGUUUUGCAGUUAAACAAACCAACACAGAGCGAGACAGUAGCCUGGUCCGCUUGUAUCGAUAGCGGCAAGCUUAGGGUUGCAGCCCUAUCGAGCAACGACAGAGCUUGGGCGUUAACAUCGCACGCCGGGUUUGAUCUGUAUCUUUUAGAUACCUCGUGCAAAGCCGAACCCGAUGAUCCCAAAAGACUGCCAGCUUUCGUGAGCAACAAGGUCAAGUUACUGCUCGGCGCGAACGGUAACAGUCUUGUCUUUCUGGCCUUUGACGGCUGGGUGCUAUCUUACAACCUCACCAAUUUAAUGAUAACCGAAAUGGAAUCGUCAUGCAAUAGGUCGGAAAACAGUGGGAGCCCAGAUCCUAAUCAAUCCCAACUCGGGCUGCGAAGACACUUCUUCCUGCCCAAGGACUGGCUCAACACAACAACGGCGCACAUGUCAAUGGUGGGAAAUGGAUCCGAUAGGACUUUUUUCUGCCCAAAGCAGGGUGAUGUUGCUAUCGUUAGAAAUGGGUUUCGUUUAUAA